CACGCAGAAAGCCGAGCGGGGCAGAAGGCGAAUGGUGGAGCUGAAGAUGGCGGAUGGCGACAGUGGGAGUGAGCGCGGAGGUAGCAGCGGUGGAGGCGGCUUUCAGCACUUCCAGAGGGACCAGGAGACCCAGGAGCUGGCGUCCAAGCGCCUCGACAUCCAAAAUAAGCGCUUCUACCUGGAUGUCAAGCAGAACAGCAAAGGCAGGUUCAUCAAAAUCGCCGAGGUAGGGGCCGGCGGCUCCAAAAGUCGCUUGACCCUCUCGCUGUCAGUGGCGGCGGAGUUCCGUGACUACCUCGGGGAUUUCAUCGAGCACUACGCCCAGCUGGGGCCUAGCAGCCCGGAGCAGAUAGCCCAGGCCAGCGUGGGUGAGGACGGCGGGCCCAGGCGGGCUCUCAAGAGUGAGUUUCUCGUUCGGGAGAACCGUAAGUACUACCUGGACUUGAAGGAGAACCAGCGGGGGAGGUUCCUGCGGAUCCGGCAGACCGUGAACCGAGGACCUGGCUUCGGAGUCGGGGGCCCAGUGGGCGGCAUGCUGGCGGGCCAGACCAUAGCUCUCCCGGCCCAGGGCUUAAUAGAGUUUAGAGACGCCCUUGCGAAGCUCAUAGAUGAUUACGGAGGAGACGACGACGACCUGACCGGGAACGCGGCAGCCGGGGGCUACGGCGAGCUCCCCGAGGGGACCUCCAUCAUGGUGGAUUCCAAGCGGUUCUUUUUCGACGUCGGGUCCAACAAAUACGGAGUGUUCCUGCGUGUGAGCGAGGUGAAGCCGAGCUACAGGAACUCUAUCACCAUCCCCUUCAAAGCCUGGAGCAAAUUCGGAGGAGCUUUCUGCAGAUACGCCGAGGAGAUGAAGGAGAUCCAGGAGAGGCAGCGAGAUAAGAUGUACGAGAGGAGGGAUGAGUCUGAGGGCGACGACGUGGAUGACGACUGAGAGUGAAACGAACCAGCUGUUAGUCAGACAGAUCUGCAAUAUAGGGGUAUUUUGAAAAAAAAAAUUAAAAAAGCAGAAAGUGCAUGACAUGACAAAUCGUGCUGUAAUAGCCUACUAAAGUAUCGUGGCGUUAAAAAGUACAUGUGCAGGGAUUUUUUGGUGUAUUAUCCUAAAGUUUGUAGGGUUGAGGGUUGGAGUGGUUGUGUGGAAUCUCUGAAAGUGAAAAAAAAUGUAUAAAUGAGAUGUGUCUCAUUGGCUGAAAAAAAGAGUGCUUUAUUGUUUAAAAAAGAGGAAAGAGAACCUACUAAAACCAGCAGAUUGGUUUUUAUAACUAGAAAUGAAGCCAAUGAAUGCUUUCCUAUAGUUUCUAUUUAAAGAAUGAGGACCUGUUUAAGAUGUUUUCCUUGCUCAGUUUAAGGAGAGAGCUAGCAUCCAUCCUGUUCCAGUCCAGGUCUCUCCUCUGUGGGCAGUAUGUGGGAUUUCUUGCAAGUUAGUAUGGGGAAGCUGAGAGGAAUGUACAGAAAGCUGCCGUCACUUUGUGGAGGUUGUGCAUUAGAUAGAUCAGCAGAUGGAGAGCUGUGAAACAACAGCAGCUGAAGCAUCUGCAGGCCGAAAAGAUUACCCAAAAAGUCAGGGGGAAGUCACUGAGAGGAUUAUCCGUAAGCCCAAACAACAAGGGCCUCGUGGACAAAAUUAAAGCUUUGACUCCAGUAGUCAAUUAGAGCGCAGAUCAGCUGGGUUUUAUGUUAUACAUACAAUCUUAGCAAAGCAUCAUUCAUAUUGUUUCUGGUAAGAUUCACACAGCGAGGAGGAGCAGUGUGUUUUCUCACACCAGAGCAUCCCUGGAGUUUGAGGACGGCUGCUUGGGAAGCCAACAAGUGGGACCCCAGCAGGGACGACACAGAUAUGUUAUUAUGGGACUUUUACGAUGCUCAUUUGCUCCCACAUGCCACUACAAGGGUCCAAAUAACUGACAGUAGGACCGGGAGUUUUCCCAUCAGCCUCUCAGUGGUGGUCAGAGGCGUCCGGCCACAGACUACAUCUUCCAACACGUGAAGACCCUGGACAGAAACGCAUUGAUGGAUGUUUUCUUUUGUGUUUCUUUCUUUUGUUGUUUUGUUUUCAAAAGAGAACUAUAUUGAAAUGAGAUUCUACUUAUAGGAAAGAUAUUACCAAACAAACCAGCAAAAGAUAUUUUCAAAUACUUAUAAAGGAAAAUGUAUUGUCUAAAGGAAUUUCAAGACUAAAAAUAAAAAAGGUUAAUUUCUUAAAACAAAGUUCAAAUCUCCAGAUUAUUUUUCACUUUGUUCUUCCUACAGUGAAAGUAUAACACUUCAUUAAUUAAAACGGCUUUAAAUGUAUUAACCAAUGUUGUGACUGUAUAUUUUUAAACCCCUGUAUUUGCACUUAAAGCCACUUUAUUCAUUCUGCAGUAGACCUGCAACAAUUAAUCCAUUAGUUGUCAACUAUUAAAUUAAUCACCAACUAUUUUCAUUAUCAA